AUGCCUUCUACUCCCGAGGAAUUAUUUCUUCCAAAAGCUAAUGAUAGUAACGAAAAUGAAAUGGACGUUUCCAUAGGAGAAGUUUCCGACCGUUCUUCUACUUCUUCAUUCACGCUCUUUGAUAUUGGAUUGAUUAAACUCGCUGAAGAAGUUGCAUCCUUUGUUCUUGCUCAUGGAAAGGCAAAAUCCACCAAAGUAAUCUUUAAAUUAUUUCAAAGCAUUCAGAAUAAGAGCGAUCAGGAACAAUUAGCAAAUACUUUUAUUCAAAUUCAACAACAAACGAAACAUGAGACGGUGGUCAGUAGCAGCACGAGAGACGUGUUUGCUCAUCCUUCCACACCGUCGUCGUCAUCAUCAGUAACAUCUUUGCAAAAUUCGACAAACCUAAAGAAAAAAUCACAACCAUCACCAUGUAUUAAUAAGAGAAAACAAACAAGUUCCAGUCAUGCGACUGAUGAUGAAUCAAUCGAAGGAAACGAUGAAGAUGGAAAGAAAAAACGAGCUGGAAAACGAGCACCUCCUCAAAAAACGAACGAAGAUAAGGAGAAGUAUUGGUCGACACAUUUUCAAACCAUGUACACCAAAUCUUUACCAGAAAAUUUCACAUUAGAACAAUUCAAAGAAUCACUCUCAGAAAAGAAUUCAGAACCGGCUUUUGUGACCUAUGGGUUCCUAACCAAGAGCCAAACAGAAGCUGUGAAAAAAUCCACGUUUAAAUUCUUUCACCACUACCCAAGGCUGUUUUAUUUGAUGAGUUACACACCCCUCAUUCAGUAUGGAGCAGCUGUGGCUUCCGAAUGGCUCGAGAGUCAUCCAGCCUACAAGGCACACUUUGUAAACUUGCCCUCUCAAUACUUGACUAUCGACAAGCUAUUUCCAGCAAUGGUGGAAAAGUAUCUUGAUUAA